CUAGAAUUCCACAGCGGCUUCUUAUCCUCCUCCUCCUCCUCCUCCCAACACGUCACUCUGGGAUCGGCUGUGGGCUAACGAGCACCGUCACCACCAGCGGAGUUUUCCACUUCUUUACCUUCGCUUUCCUUAGGAACGAGGAGAUCCAGUCAGCCAGCCAGCCAGGAGAAAGUCGCCUUGCCCAAAGCGGCUUCACAGGCUGUGGGAUUAAAGUCGCUCCGCUUUCGUCGAAACUGCCAGUGGUGCGGAUUCAUGCAUGAUUGUUAGCUAAAUGCGGUACGAAGCCAAAAAAAUGAUGCCGAUGUUCCUGACUGUUUACCUCAGUAACAACGACCAACACUUUACUGAGGUUCCCAUCACUCCGGACACGGUAUGUCGGGACGUGGUGGACCUGUGCAAGGAGCCAGGAGAGGCCGACUGCCACCUGUCGGAAAUGUGGCGUGGAUCUGAGCGAGCCGUAGGCGACGGCGAGAGGAUGCUGGAUGUGCUCCAGCGAUGGGGACAACACAGGCCAGAGGUGCGCUUCUUUCUGCGCCACAACCGAGCCCCAAGCAGGGAUUCGGGUGGGUCCAGAGGCUCGGAGGCAAAAAGGAAUGGGGUUAAGGGCCCACCAGACAGAAGAAUGGAGAAUGGGGUGGCACCACCCAGGAUGGACAUGACUUUGGCCGAGCUACAGGAGAUGGCUGCCAGGCAGCAGCAGCAGAUCGAAGCUCAGCAACAACUCCUGGCUUCCAAGGAGCAGCGCUUGCGCUACCUGAAGCAGCAGGAGCAGCGGCACCAGCAGCAGGCCUCUGAACAGGAGAGGCUGCAGCGUCUCCGGGAUAACAUUGACAACCAGGAGAGUCGCCUCAAGAAGGUCCGAGCCCUCAAGGGCCAAGUAGAGCAGAAACGUCUCAGCAAUGGCAAACUGGUCGAAGAGAUCGAGCAGAUGAACAACCUUUUCCAGCAGAAGCAACGAGAGCUGGUGAUGGCUGCCACCAAGGUGGAGGAGCUCAACCGACAGCUGGACUUGCUCAAAAACGGCAAAAUGGAGAGCUUCCACGACAACCAGGGCUCUGUGGCUGAGCUUGACCGCCUCUAUAAGGAGUUACAGAUGAGGAACAAGCUGAACCAGGACCAAAACUCCAAACUGCAGCAGCAGAGGGAGAGCCUGAACAAGCGCAACAUGGAGGUGGCCGCCAUGGACAAGCGGAUCGGUGAGCUUCGCGAUCGGCUGUGGAAAAAGAAGGCAGCACUGCAGCAGAAGGAGAACUUGCCUAAUGGCUAUCCCGGUAAAGAGAGGGCUUCAAAAGACACACAUCCUCAGGUGCCGUCAGAUGGUCCAGCCGGGCAACAGCAGUCAGGUCCAUCUCGCGUGGCGGCGGUCGGCCCGUACAUCCAGUCGUCCACGAUACCUCGCGGCGGCUCUGGCAGACACGAGCUGCUUGUAAAGCCAGCCUACCCCGACGGCACUGCCACCCUGCCCACACACGACCUGCAGAGCAAGGCUGCAAUAGCAGGAGCAGAGAGGUCUGAUGCUCCGCCUGGUUUUGAUGUCACUCUGAGCUCAGAAGGGAACCAGUCAUCAAAACUGGAGUCCAACACUAACGGCCAUGGUCCAGCUUCGACACUCCCACGGAUGACCUCUCACGCUCACAAAGUCCAAGAUGACAAUGAGCCCAAGCGGGACAGGAAGGUACGUCCAUUUUCCAUGUUUGAGCCAACAGAGGUUCCCGCCACUUCACUCCGCAAAAACCAGAGCAGUGACGAUUUGGUCAGGGAUGCUCAGUCUGCUCCCAAGGCUCCAGUCAAGGUCCCGCCUCCUGUACCCACCAAACCAAAAGGCCCAAAUGUCGUCCCUUACGGCAAGGUGGGCCUCAACACGGGCACCUUUCCUAAAGCCAAGCCUCACAGCAAUCACCCUCAGCCUGCCCACAGCCCUCUCCCGCCCUCUCAGAGCCAGACACUCCCCUUACCCUCCAAGCAGGACACUCCACCCGCGGCCACCGUGCGACCUUUCACCCCGGAGCUGCCCUCCUCCAAAGAUAACAACUUGAGCAAGCCGCAGACCGUCGCAGCUAGCUCCAUUUACUCCAUGUACACGCAGCAGUCCGGCAUCCAGGGGGCCCUCAGCAGGUCUCAGAGCCGCACCAACGGCUUCAUCAGCAUGUACGGCAAGCCAGUGAUUCCCAGUGGAGGCUCUCAGCACCCGGAGAACCCCUACAUGGAACGCCGCUCCCCUGCAUUGGAAUCUGAGGUGGACCACAGCGGAGCCAGCCACACAGGUCCCAGUCCAUCUGAGGGCUCCCAACCAGAGACAGAGCGUAUCCCAAGACCCCUCAGCCCCACCAAGCUGCUCCCCUUCAUUUCCAACCCCUACCGGCACCAGAGUGAUGGAGAUCUUGAAGCCUUGAGGAAGAAGCUCUACAACGCCCCGAGGCCCCUGAAGAAGCGUAGCUCCAUCACAGAGCCUGAAGGACCUGCAGGGCCCAACAUUCAGAAGCUUCUAUACCAGAAAACCACCCUGGCAGCUAUGGAGACGACCGCGACCACACCGACCACUCCCACCUUUCCUGCUGAUGCAGAGAAAGGGGUGGAGAUACCUGUGGGGCCACACGUCCCAGGACCCGUGAGUAGUGCAGAAAACCACCAGUCAGACAUUCUGGGGGAGGUCCCAAGUGGAGCUGUCCACAUUCCAUCCCCAGCUGAACAACCCAGACCAUUAGCGAUCUUCGACAGCGAAGACAUCAUCCCCCCCCCUCCUCCUCCAUCACACCCUGCUCCCAGGCCGGAAGACGCACUCUUCCCACCUCCAGCCCCUGCUGGUUUGGAGGACACAAUCCCCAACCUGCCUCCUCCACCUCCGGAGGGCUUUCUGGAAGAGUUCCCGCCUUACCCACCUCCACCGUACCCUAGCGGAGGAGAGCAGGACAGUUUAGGGGAGGACACCUUUAAUAUGAAAGCUCCAGAGAUCACCGGUCAAGUCACGUUGCCUCCAGGGAAGAGGACAAACCUGCGCAAGCUCGGCUCGGAACGAAUCAGCCACAGCAUGAGAGUCAAGUUCAAUCCGCUCGCUCUGCUGCUGGACUCCUCCCUGGAGGGAGAGUUUGACCUGGUCCAGAGAAUCAUCUACGAGGUGGAGGACCCCAGCCAGCCGAACGACGAAGGCAUCACUGCGCUACACAACGCCGUCUGCGCUGGACACACAGAGAUUGUCAAGUUUCUCGUUCAGUUCGGCGUCAACGUCAACGCCGCCGACAGCGACGGCUGGACGCCUCUUCACUGCGCCGCGUCCUGCAACAACGUGCAAGUAUGCAAGUUCUUGGUGGAAUCUGCCGCCGCCGUCUUCAACACGACAUACAGCGACAUGCAGACGGCGGCCGACAAAUGCGAGGAGAUGGAGGAAGGCUACACCCAGUGCUCCCAGUUCCUCUACGGUGUUCAGGAGAAGAUGGGCAUCAUGAACAGGGGCGUGGUCUACGCCCUGUGGGACUUCACGGGUGAAAACCCCGACGAGCUGUCCUUCCGCGAGGGCGACUGUAUGACCGUCAUCCGCAGAGAGGACGAGGAUGAGAUCGAGUGGUGGUGGGCACGCCUGGGCGACGAGGAGGGCUACAUUCCACGCAACCUCCUUGGGCUUUACCCCAGGAUAAAGCAGAGACAGAGAAGCCUCGCUUAAAAGAUUCCUGCACAUUUCAACACACAUGCACAUAUAUAAUACACACACACACACACACACACACACACAGGCUUUAACAAUCCGGAAAGAGAAGGAAACUGCUGCAAUAAAGAAACACUAUGAAGGAUCAACUAUGAAGUCUUUGUGGCCCAACUGGCACUUUUCUCUCAUCACUGGUGGCAUUUGUCCUCAUUCUACUGCUCUUUUUUCUGUCUUAUCGUCUGAAUUGUUUCCUAAAGUGACCGAGACUGUGGAUAUAAACGGAACAAGCAGUAUUGGAAUCGGAACAAGUAGUUUUUUUUUUUUUUUGUAUGUUAAUGGCUGAGGCAAUUAGUAAACAAUGCUUUGUCACGGUGACAAUCUCUAUGGGGGGGCUUGUUGCAAGUUUAUGAAGACUUGGGGGUGUAGUGAUGCCUCCUAGCUUAGCAAGUCAUGAUUAGCGCAUAAAUGACGUUCAUUGUUGUUGUCGGUCUGUGGCCCAUGACACCCAAGGUAAGCGCUGGGCUGAGACGCCACAGAUUGUUUAUGAAUUCAAAUGGUUGUGGAGCAGAUGCAGUCACCACUAAUACACUCAAGCUGACCACCGUAAGAGAUGUCUCACUCUCUCCUGAAUUCAGUGACUGUUACUCAGUCAUGUGUGUGACAUUGUUUUCCUUUGGAGUCCCCCAAAAACAUAUCUCAGUGCAGAUAUAUUUAUUUUUGUUACCAUUGUUUUGCCCUUAUGCUGUCUGUACGAACUAUAACCUCAAAUGUACCGUAGUAUUUUAAACAUUUAUAAUAAAAAAGACUUUGUACCAAGCGCUUUACUGCCGUAAAGU